AUGGAGAUAUUUGAAAGUCCCAGUGAGGACGAAGAUUUCCUGGGCUUCAUAACAACAUCCAGUCAUCUCCACAGUGUGGACUCUUGGAAGACAGACCUUUGUUUUAGGUCUAAAUUUAUAACUGACGAGCUGGCACAGAUUUUCACGGAGACAGAUAGCGAGGAAGAGUUUGAGGGCUUCAGCAAAGAGGACGGUGUACAACGCAAAGGCUGGAGAAGAUCUACGUCAAUGGAGUCAGAGCAGAGCAGUGAGGAAGACAAUGGAUUUUAUUCAGAGGAAGAAGCUCAACCGAAGAGACGAAGCUCUGGGCUGUGUGUGGCAUUCAGGUUCCCUGGCAAGAGAAACUCCACCCACAAGAGCGGUGUGGUUAAGACAGAGACUAAGGUACCUCUGUCCAGGAGUUCACCUGUCAACGCGAAGCUGAAAGAAAAAAGUAAGAAAAGGAGAAGGGACCAGGAAGAUGAGGUUCUGCUAUGCCAAAAUGGAAGAAUCGAAGAUAAAUCUCAUGCAAAAAGUAAAGAAACCCCUCAGGAAGAUCACGACCCCACUGAGGCGUCACAAAUAUUGAACAAAAGAGAGAGAAAUAUUCAGGAGAACAAAGCUAUGCUUGCAAAGUUAUUUGCUGACCUGAGUUCAUUGCCUGAACUGAGCCAGAUGGCAACACCAGCAAAGAGGACAAAGAAGCCCUCCCCAAAGAAGCGGGUUUCUGACGUGCAGAGCGAGAGGCGUAACCCCACCCGCAAAGCGCGGCCCCCUGAGCACUUUGGGCUGGAGGAGAAGGAAGAGUCUUCCCCUAAGGGGGUGAAGAAGCUUACUGACUUCAAAGCAGUAAACAUCAAACGACUGAUUGAGGUGGAUGAGGAAAGUCGCGAAGACAGGCGAAACCAGGCGAAACGUUCUCGGAAACAUCGCGUCGUGCGGAUGCCAGAUGAUAUUACGGAAGAGGAACUUGAAAACGUGGCUGACCGCGCCAAAGACAAAAUCCAUGAUAAAGACAAUGGAAGCACUUGUCACCAGUGCAGACAGAAGACUCUGGAUACGAAGACAGAGUGCAGGAAUCCCCUAUGUCCAGGGGUCAAGGGUCAGUUCUGUGGACCCUGUCUGCGCAACCGCUAUGGAGAAGAUGUCAGAACAGUGCUAUUAGAUCCUACAUGGGAGUGCCCGAUCUGUCGGGGGGUGUGCAACUGUAGCCUGUGCAGGAAACGAGACGGGCGCUGUGCCACCGGAGCCCUCACCCGAAUGGCCAAGUACUUUGGCCACAGCAGCGUCAGGGACUACCUGGAGAAGUAA